CGCUCCGAAGAAACUUUUUCUUCGCUCGAUCACAUCGUUGAACCAUUUCCAACAAAUCCACCGAUAGCAAACGACCCAACCAGUCAUGAUGAUGCAUCGCGCGGCCAGAGCAGCCCGUUCUUUGUCGCUGGCAAACACCCGACGCCCCCACACAUUUGCUGCUUCCAAGACUGCGGCUCUCUCUCGAAUGGCGACCAAAUCGUUUUCGACCACUCGCUUCGCUGCUUCCGAUGCCGCUUCUGCUUCCGAUCUCGACAUUCCUAGCGCCCCCACCUCGAACCAUUCCCACACCGCUCUUCCCGGUGCCCAGGCCUCCAUCAUCUACACGGAAACCGACGAGGCCCCGGCCCUGGCUACCUACAGCCUCUUUCCGGUGGUGAACAAGAUCGGGGCACUGGCGGACAUCGACAUUGUCCCCUGCGACAUUUCCCUUUCUGGACGCGUCCUGGCCCUCUUUCCCGAGAAGCUCGAACCCAACCAGCGCGUUCCGGACAACCUCGCGUACCUCGGCGAACUCGCGAAGGURCCGGAAGCCAACAUUAUCAAGCUUCCCAACAGUAAGUCGGCUUGCUUGUUGUUCCAAAAAGCGCGAAGCAAGCGAUCGGCCUCUGGGGUUCGAUAGCGYGCUUCUGAAUUCCACCAUGCAUGUUCUAACCCCGUUCCGUCCGCUCAUUCUACUCGCACUGACAUCGAUGGAACUGCCGGUGCCACAAUCGGUUUGUGUUGCUCUGAAAUGAAACCCCGUCGCACUUUCUCGAAAUUCCGAUCGGCCAAUCCAAAACGACAAUCGAAUCCGAAAAUCGAAUCCGAAAAUCGAAUCCGAAAAUCGACCCAACAACGACCAGUUUCCGCUCCCCUGAACCAGCUCGAGGACUGCAUCAGCGAGUUGCGCUCCAAGGGCUACGAUGUUCCGAUUUAUCCCCGCGAGCCAUCCAACGACACCGAGCGCGAGAUCCAGCAACGAUACGGAAAGGUAAUGGGCUCCGCCGUCAACCCGGUGCUGCGGGAAGGAAAUUCCGACCGGCGYGUCGCUCCCCCCGUCAAGGCCUACGCACAGAAAAACCCGCACCGCAUGGGCAUCUGGUCGAAGGCCAGCCGAACGCAYGUGGCGCACAUGACACAGGGCGACUUUUACGGGUCGGAACAGUCGACCAUCAUCGGAGACAAGCCGACCAGCGUUCGGAUCGAGUUCAYACCCAAGAACGGAAGUGCGUCCCGCAUUCUCAAGGAGGACAUCCCCCUCGAGGCGAGCGAGGUCAUCGACGCUUCCUGCAUGAGCGCAGAAGCCCUGACUGCGUUUUUGGCAGACGAAAUCGAGGACGCCAAGGACUCGGACAUUCUUUUCAGCAUCCACCUCAAAGCCACCAUGAUGAAGGUCUCGGACCCAAUCAUGUUUGGCCACUGCAUCAAGGUCUUUUUCAAGGAUGUCUUUGACAAGCAYGGCGACAUCCUGAAGGAGAUUGGUGCCGACCCCAAGCAGGGCCUAGCCAGCAUUUUGGAAGCCGUGGAGAACAAGGUCGACGACAAGAAGAAAAAGAAAGAAAUCAUGCUGGAUUUCAAGGGAUCCUACGGAACAGAGGACCGUCCUUGGCUCGCCAUGGUCAAUUCCGAUAAGGGGAUCACCAACUUGCACGCUCCCAACGACAUUAUCAUCGACGCAUCCAUGCCCGUCGUCAUUCGAGAUUCGGGAAUGAUGUGGAACGAGGAUGGGGUACGUAACAAAAAAUACAUGCGAUUCGUGGACCAUUCCUCUUCCUCUUYGCUCUCUUUGGUGUUUGGGUUUCGUGCCGAUUUUUGCAGUCGAGACUCACGCGUUCUACCCUUUUUUGCAAACUUACUAUGAAAAUGGAUCCGUAUGCUAGGAAUUGGAGGAUUGCAAGUGCGUCAUUCCCGAUAGAUGCUACGCAACCCUGUACCAAGAAGUGAUCAAUUACGUGAAGACCCACGGGCARUUCGAUGUUGCGACCAUGGGAAAUGUCAGCAAUGUUGGACUCAUGGCGCGCAAGGCCGAAGAAUACGGAUCCCAYGACAAGACGUUCGAGCUCGAGGCCGGCCACGUURCCGUGACUGACAACAACACCGGUGAGGUCUACUUUSAACACAUCGUCGGCGACGGUGACAUCUGGAGAAUGUGUCAAACCAAGGACGAGCCCRUCCGCGACUGGGUUCGAUUGGCAAUUGAACGAGGCCGGGCCACGAACGACCGGGUGAUUUUCUGGCUCGAUAAGAAGCGCGCCCACGAUCGUUCUUUGAUYGACAAGGUAAACACGUACCUCAAAGACCACGACCUAAGCGGCUUGGACAUAUCCAUCAUGAAGCCCGUCGAUGCCAUUCGCGUCACGAUGGAACGAGCCACCCUCGGAAAGAACACCAUCAGUGUCACCGGAAACGUUCUCCGUGACUACCUAACGGAUCUUUUYCCCAUCUUGGAACUGGGAACCUCGGCAAAAAUGUUGUCCAUUGUCCCGCUGUUGGCCGGUGGUGGCUUGUACGAAACCGGCGCCGGAGGCUCUGCUCCAAAACACGUGCAGCAAUUCGUUGAGGAGGGUCACCUGCGAUGGGAUAGCCUGGGCGAGUACCUUGCGCUUGCGGUGGCAUUCGAGCAGCUCGGUUCGACGACCGACAAUGSCAAGGCCGUCCUMCUCGGCGAAUGCCUCAACAAGGCCGUCGGACGCAUCCUGAACAACCGUAAGAGUCCGUCUCGAAAGGUCAACCAAAUCGACAACCGAGCGACCAAUUUCUAUGUCGCCCUCUACUGGGCGGAUUACCUCGCACAGGAGGAUCCGACCUACCAGCCCAUGUUCGAUGCCCUGUCGAAUGCUCGCGCUACGAUUGUCGAGGAAUUCAAGGAGUGCCAGGGAGAUCCGGUGGAACUCGGCGGGUACUACCUUGUCGACCCCAAGAAGGUUAGCAAGGCAAUGAAUCCUUCUCCAACUCUCAACAAGAUCCUGGCCUCGAUCGGAGAAACGCUUUAACAACAGUACUAAURCACGAUAGGUCGUUUUUGUAUACAAU